AUGAGGAAUUACACAUUGAUAACCCAGUUUCUUCUGAUGGGAAUUCCUCACACAAGCGGUCUGGAAAAUGUACUCUUCACCCUAAUUUUUAUCUUCUAUAUUUUCAAUCUGCCAGGGAACCUGCUCAUACUUUUGGCUAUCCUUACUUCCUCCAGCCUCCACACCCCAAUGUAUUUCUUCCUGGGAAACCUAUCAGUGCUUGAUAUAUUUUUCUCUUCAGUGAGUUCCCCAAAAAUGAUGCUGUGCCUAAUGGGGCAAGAUUGCACCAUUUCCCUCCAGGGAUGUGCCGCCCAGCUCUUCUUUUAUCACUUCCUGGGCUGCACCGAGUGUUUUCUCUACACUGUCAUGGCCUGUGACCGCUUUGCAGCCAUUUGUCACCCCUUGCGAUACACAGUCAUCAUGAACCAUCGGGCAUGUGCCAUCAUGGCCCUGGGCACCUGGUUGGGGAGUUGUAUGCAUGCAUCUAUCCUCACUUUUCUCAUCUUUAAGUUACCCUACUGUGGCCCCAACGAGAUAGACAAUUUUUUCUGUGAUAUUCCAGUGGUGCUGCCCCUGGCCUGUGCAGACACUUCUCUAGCACAUAGAGUGAGUUUCACCAAUGUGGGUAUUGUUGCACUGGUGUGUUUUCUUCUUAUCCUUACUUCAUAUACACACAUUGUCAUCUCUAUACUGAAAAUCAGCUCCUCAGAAGGCAGGCGCCGAGCCUUCUCAACUUGCAGUGCCCAUCUGACUUCCAUUCUGCUGUUCUAUGGUCCAGUGGUCCUCAUUUAUCUUCGACCUGCCUCCAGUCCUUGGCUGGAUUCUGUGGUUCAAAUGUUGAAUAAUAUUGUUACCCCUUCCUUGAAUCCUCUGAUAUAUUCCUUGAGAAACAAGGAAGUUAAGUUGGCUCUGAGAAAGGCACUGAUCCAAGGAAUUUAUACUGGUGAAUAA